AUGACAACACUCGCCGAGACGCAUGCAGCCGCCAUGCCCGCCAUGGCCGCCGAGUCUGACGUCAACCCGGACCCGACACGGUUUCAAGAGCGACUCUACCCGACGUUUACCCGCGAGACCACCGAGAUCCUGGGCCUCGGCGAGCGCUGGUGGGAGCCGCGCGAGGCGGAGGACAGAAACAAGCGCCGCCCCGUCGCGCUGCCGCACGAUCUUCUUGGGUACCGGCCGCUGCGACUGUGGUUCGGCAUGCCGCACACGGCCGGCUGCGAGAAGGACGACGCAUGGUUCGAGGUGCUGUUCAGCACGCUCUUUGAGCUGUCCGAAGACCUGUGCGCGUCCACGUUUGGCGUCGACCGUCUCGUCCUGCUGCCGGGCCCCACCGCACCGGCACAGAGUCCCUGGGCCGACGCGGACCUCUCGCCGGCGUUUAUCUAUUAUGCCGGGGAGAUUGCCUGCCCGGACCCUCUCGACGGGAAGCGCGGCAGCAGCUGGGAUGCACUGCUCGAGGACCCGCGGCAGCGCGCGUUCGUGGCGCAGGGCGUGUUGGCGAAGACGCUCGACGAGCACGUGUUUUCGGCGCUGCUGUUUGGCGGCACGGCAGAGCAGCAGGAUGCGCUCGGGCAGUGGGACCGCAUCAUGCUCAAGGACGAGGGCUACCUGCGCAAGUUCAAGCGCUGCGAGGAGGUGCAGUACUACCUGGGUGCCGAGGCCGGCGGCCGCGUGCUGACGCCGUUUUUCUGGGCCGAGGUCGCACGCGUGACGGCGCACACCGCCCAGCUGCUGCUGCCGCUGCUCAACCGGCAGCGGGCGCUCUCGGAGAACGCAUCACAGGCGCCCAGCCUGCCCGUGUUCUACCAGCGGCUGCACGACGUCGUGGCCCUCGCAGGCUACGCAUCGCUGUGCAUGGCCUGGUCGCCGAGCAUCUUCCAGGUCGAGUUCCCGUUGCCGGGUGCGCCAUGGGAGGUCGACCAGGAGCGGGAGGCCGACGACUACGUGUACGCCCGGUCCGAGGCGAAGGCGCUGGCCGCCGAGGCCGCCGAGGCCGCCGCGGCCAGAGGCGGACAGGUGGGCGGCGCGCGCGACAGCGACAGCGACAAGCGGGCGACGUACAUCCACGCAGCCAAGAUCAAGAUCGUCCUCUGGCCCCGUAUCGCGCGCCUCCGGCCGUUCUGGAACAGCCGACGCACAGACGUUCGCAGUGCCACGCAGACCAUUCUCACCAAGAGCCACAACGCGUACUAUUACGGUGCGCAACUGAAAGGCGGCGGCGGCAGUGGUGGCAGGAAUGGAAGUGGCGGCAACGGCGGCCACGACGAUGAUCACGAUGAGGCCGAUGCAGCAGCGUCGGAACGCGGCCCACAUGAUUCUCAUGACGCGGCGGACAACGCGGCGGACGACGAAGCUUGGCCGGAACUGUUCGAGUACGUGGAGAUUGUGCGCACUGCACGCCGCCGGGCACGCACGCUCCGGUCGAUGCGUCGCCUGGCUUUGGCGUGGAUUGUCGUCUGCAUCUUGGUCUGGGUCGCUGGUAUUUCUUUUCUCGAGUCCAUGUCGAAAGCGAUUGGUGUCGACUUGGAGCGCACUGAGGCCAUUGUGAGCAUUCGCAGGAUGUAUACCAAAAUUCUGUAUUGGGUAACAGCUGCAGCAGAUCCGUUCUUGCGGUGGCCGUCGCAGAUUCUGCGUUGGGAUUGA